AGGAAGCAGCCGAGGGAGGAGCUGACAGAGGUUAGUUUCUUUUUGACACACACCAGGGCCACGUACAGGCUACAUACAUCAGAAGAGAAACUUUACAUCCACUAAAAGCUGCUCAUGGACAACAUCGAACUCAUCGUGUCCAUCGCCUCACAGAUCUACUCCCUGGUUGAGAAAGUGAAGGCCAACAAGAAGCGAUGCCAUCGUGUUAGUGAGCGCGUCAAAGCCCUAGAGCAUCUGGUGAAGUCCAUCCAGCAGAGACAGAAGGGACAAACCUCUGCAGAUGUGGAACGAUCCCUCAAGGAACUCCUCUUCACUCUGCAAGCAGCGAAGGAGCUAAUCGAGCAAUACUCUGGGGCAUCCUUGGUGAAGCGAGUGUUGAAGUCCGGCAGCCACGAAGAGGAUUUCAACAGCUUGAACGACCGCCUCAACGACGCCUUCCAGGCCCUGUCCGGAGCUCUGCAGGUGGAGCAGGGCAACGUCCUGCUGAAGGUGUUUGACCAAUCCACCAGGGAGAAACAGGACGAGAUGGACCGGAAGGAGGACGACAAAGAGCUGAAGAAAGUGCUGCUGCAGUAUGCGGAGGAGCAGCAGGAGAAAGCAAACGCGAUGCAGAAAGAAGUGGAACUCCUCAAAAUCGAGGUUAAUAAGGUCGUGAAAAUGUUGGAGAAGCCCAGCGUAACCGAUGUAGACAUCCGGAUCAUCAAACAGCACGAGCUUAAGUAUGACCUUGUCGACGGACUGACCAAGAAGCCCUUCAUGACAACGACAACCUCCGAGGUCUACAAAGGAGAGUACUGCAGUUUCCCGGUGGCCAUCAAGCGAUACACUGACCCUGUGACCACCAGCAUGAGCCAGGUGAGGAGAGGUUUCAAAAAGGAUGUGGAAACCAUGAAGUGUUUUGAGUCGCCCAACAUCCUGCGAAUGUUUGGCAUCUGUGUCCAGGAUGAGGCAGGCCCUAACCCUCAGUUUCUCAUCGUCAUGGAGUACUGUGAGAAGGGAAGUCUGCGGGAUGUUCUGGACUCUGGUUGCACACUGAGCUGGAUCAAGAAAGCCCGGAUGUGCCGGGAUGCAGCGCGAGGACUUUACCGACUGCACCAGUCUGAAGAAAAAUGUAAAGUUCAUGGAUGCAUCAACAGCAGCAAGUUUCUGGUGGCCGACGGCUACACAGUCAAGCUGGGAGGCUUUGAGUUUGCAGAAACUGAGACGUCUCUGAGAAAGCCAAAAAAGUUUGAGGUGAACAGGUCCUUCACCUACUCCUCUCCUGAGUUACUGGACUACAUCGAAAACUACAGCAAAGAGUGUGAGAUUUACAGCUUUGGAAUCGUCCUCUGGGAAGUUGCAACUGGACGCCAACCUUUUGCCGGUUUGACAGUUGAAGAGGUCUAUCAGAAAGUGUUCAAAGAAAAAUACAUGGAGCCACUUGACGACUGUCCCAAAGAACUGGAACAUUUGAUCAACGCCUGCCGGGCCUACAUUCCCUUCCAGAGACCUUCUGCUGGAGUGCUGGUGGACAAACUGCAGAAAUUGGUGACACAGAUGGAGAAGGUUUAAAGGGUUCACGGCUCUCGGUCUGCAGUACUCAGGGUUUCUGAACACAGAUAUCCUCAGGAAAAGCUUCUGGUUCACUUGUUCUAAUGCAGAAGCCAUCUCUAACCGCACAAUUUGGACCCUAUAACGGUCCUCAAGACUUCCUAUCUUAUCUAACCCUAAACACAGUAGCUACUAAAAAAAGGGGCAUUUGUGGUCCGCACUACAGCUCUCAAAGCCCCGUUUAAUCCUUGUUGGCCAAUCAAACACACAAAUGUAACUUAACUAUCUUGGCUGGCAUUAUACACUUAUAACCCUGAAGUUGUGUUGCUAUGGAAUAUGUUUUUUUAUAUAAGAUAUGCAUGUUAGUGCGUUUUCAAUCAUCGCUUCUUUAGCUUUUAGAAUAUGUAAACCAAGUGUUGUUAAAGUACGUCUUAUUGCCAAGUUUUUUACUAACAAAGCUGGAGAAAUACAACCGUUAGGAAGUAUAAAAGUAAAUUGUUUGAAAAAAGAGACGUGAUAAUGUUUGGAAUUGCUGACACCAGCCAUUCUGAGUUUUAGUUGCUGCCAUUUAUUGGGGAAAAACACAUUUUAACUUCCUAUUUUUAUGUAUGUAUGUCCAAGUCCAUUGAAUGUUAAGGAGCCAAACGAUUAGAGGAGACACUGGAAACGUAGGUGAUUUUCCUUAAAUCUCUUCCUUAAAAUGAGGUCAAACUUGAUGAAAAGUAUUAAAAGUUCACGUAAAGUUUACGAGCUUAAAACCAAACCGUUUUAUUUCAGUUUACUGUAAUCUGUUUACACAUGGUGGGGAUUGAGUUACACAGUGUAAGGAGACAGAGCGUGUGCUGAACAAGUGGAGCUGGUUUUAAUUUCAGCGAAAAGCAAUGGAUGAUACAGUGAGUUUAGCAGGACAUGUAUUUUACAGAACAAAUCAGAUCCAGUACAGUUUUUUUAUUUUACAAAAUGCCGUUGAAUUUCAUUUGAUUUGUAUACCUUUUAUGUUUACCUUGAUUCUCUAUGCAAAUAAAAGUGGUGCUUGAUUCAA